CUUACUGAUUACAAGUGAAUUUAGCAAUUUAAUUAAUUGUCAAAGUGAUUGAAAUCUGCGCUUGAACACAAUUCUCAAAUUUUCAUAUUGAAAGUAAACAAAAUUCAAUCUCAAUUCUGUUUACAUUUUUGUUUCUCUUUCUCUCUAGUGGUUUUUUAGAUUUCAUUGUUUGUUUUCAUUUUAAUUUUCUUUUCUAAUUUAGUUCAACAUGACUGACAUUUCUCGUAAUUGUCCUUAUUUGGAUACAAUUAAUCGACAUUUGCUUGACUUUGAUUUUGAGAAAUUAUGUUCGGUCAGUUUAUCAAAGAUCAAUGUCUAUGCUUGUCUUGUGUGUGGAAAAUAUUUCCAAGGAAGAGGAAUAGGAACUCAUGCCUUUGUCCAUUCGGUUGCCACCGAUCAUCAUGUUUAUCUUAAUUUAGAAACACUUAAAUUCUAUUGUUUACCUGAUAAUUACGAGAUAAAAGAUUCUUCCUUAGAUGAUAUAACUUACGUUCUCAUGCCAACAUUUACCUCAACUGAGAUUGAAGAAUUUGAUAAAUCAUCUAAAUUGUGCCGAGCCUUUGAUGGCAGAACAUAUUUACCUGGAAUCGUUGGUUUAAAUAACAUCAAACAUAAUGAUUAUUGUAAUGUAAUUCUUCAAGCUUUAUCUCAUGUUCCACCAUUGAGAGAUUAUUUCCUAAAGGAAUCUAAUUAUGAGAAAUUAGCUGCUAAAAGACCUUCCGGUGACAAUUUAUUCCUGGUUGUUCAAAGACUCGGUGAAUUGAUGAGGAAACUAUGGAAUCCAAGAAACUUUAAGGCCCAUGUUUCUCCCCAUGAGAUGCUUCAAUCGGUUGUACUUUCAUCACAGAAAAAAUUCCAAAUCACUGAACAAGGAGAUCCAGUUGAAUUUAUGUCAUGGUUUCUUAAUCUUCACAUUGCUCUUGGUGGUAAACAAAAGACCAAUUCGAGUAUAAUUUAUAAAACUUUUCGUGGUUCCAUGAAAGUCUAUUCGAGGAAAAUUAUUCCCUUGGACAAGACGAUCGAUGAACGAUUACAAUUGAUGCUUCAAGAUGAAUUUAAGGAAAAAUGUGACGAAUCCCAUUUUCUUUACCUUACCUUGGAUUUGCCACCUCCGCCAUUGUUUAAAGAUGAACUUCGAGAAAAUAUCAUUCCCCAGAUUCCUUUAUUCAAUCUACUGGCAAAAUUCAAUGGAAUCUCUGAAAAUGAAUAUAAAACUUACAAGGAUUCGUUCAUGAAGAAGUUUGAGUUGACCAAUCUUCCCAAAUAUCUGAUACUUUACAUGAAAAGAUUCACCAAGAAUACAUUUUAUAUCGAAAAGAAUCCGACUAUUGUUAAUUUUCCGAUAAAAAAUGUUGACCUAACCGAUUUACUCUCACAAAGUGUUAAGACCGAGUCAACUCGAUGUAUCUACGAUCUAAUUGCGAACAUUGUCCAUGAAGGUGACCCAGAACCAGGGAAAGGAUCUUAUCGGAUUCACGUUUUACACCGAGGAUCAGGGAAAUGGUUUGAGAUGCAAGAUCUUCACGUUACUGAGAUUCUACCUCAGAUGAUUACACUUUCAGAAUCGUACAUUCAAAUUUGGGAACAACAAGAAGUUACUGAUGAUCAGUUGGCAGCAAUUAAGUCUCAAGAAAACAUGACAACUGAAUAAUUUUAUUUUCUGGUUAAAUUGGACUUUAUUUCACCAAAAAGGAAACGGAAACUUUGGUGAUUACAACAUUAAAAAGAAAACUAUUACUGAUGAUUACUUGGAUUCUCUGUGUGAUGAUCCAUCGCUUGGCAGUAAAGCAUAAUAACCCCAAGUUGCAUAAGGUUUAGAACCAAAUGAUUUGUUUGGACCUCGAUAAACUUUGACACUUAACCUUCCCAUUGGUUUGGUGAGACAUUGGUCAGUAAGAAGGCAGAUUAAGAGAAGAGCUUCAAUAAUCACAGACAAUUUCAUGUUUACAAUUAAAAAUCACUUUGUUUGAGGAAUCAACUGAUUUCAGUACAACGAAGCAAACAAUUAA